AUGUUUUCAGAUCCAUCAAUAUCUAUUUCUUCAACUACUACCACAGAUAAUUUUUCAAAUUCAACUAGAAACUCAGAAAAUGAUAAUCAAUUAUUAGAUUUAUGUAAUAAUUUAAAUAACUUAAAUUGUUUUAACAAUUUAGAUAUAAAUACCAAUCAAAAUCAAAGUCAAAAAUCAACCACCCCAAAUACUCCAAUUGAAAAUUCAAAUUAUUUUAUACCAAGUUUAGAAGAUUUUGAAAUUCAUGAUUUUAAUAAUAAUAAUAGAUCAAGAAAUAAUUCAUUAGAUAUUUCAUUAUUUAAUGAAUCUUUAAAUUCAAAUACAAAUUCAAACAAUAACUUUUACACACCAAGAUCAAGUUUAACUAUUCAUACUAUUGAAUCAGAAGUUGAAAUGAUACCAACUUGUUUAAAACCUAAUAUUUGGAAAAAUGAUGGUUUUGUUUCAAAUCAAUAUACUAAUCAAUUAUAUGUUCAACAAAACUAUAUUAAUCCACAACAAUUACAACACCACUACCAACAACAACAACAACAAACUUCAGAAGCUAAAAUUAAGAAUGACAUUCAAUUUCAAAUUCAACAAAGAUUAAAUUUACUGAUUCAAUUAAAAGAAGAACAAAAAUUACAACAAAAACAAAUGGAAUUAUAUAAUAAUUUAAAUAAUUUAGGUUACGUCAACGGUGAACAACAACAAUUAAUAAACUUACAAAAUCAACAACAACAAUCUAAUAUUAAUUCAAAUUUACAACUAAAUUAUCAAAAUUAUCAAAAUUAUCAAAAUUAUCAAUUUAAUGGUUCAAAUAAUCCAUCACCUAUUUCACCAAGUGAUUUACCUAAUUUUUAUAAUCUGUUAAUUCAAUCUCCACCUCCAUUAUCAUCUCAACAACAACAUUUCACUUAUCAACAAAUUACUAAACCACAACCUCAACAACCCCAAAACUCAUCCUCAAGUUAUUUAACAUUUAGAAAUUAUUGUGGUAACAUAUUUACAGUACCUUUCAAUUCAAGAUUUUUUGUUAUAAAAUCAAAUAAUAUAUUAGAUGUUAAUGCAAGUUUUACAUAUAAUAUUUGGACAUCAACAGAAUUAGGUAAUAAAAGAUUAGAUAAAGCUUUUAAAGAUUUACAAUAUUCCACUAGUAAUUUGAAAGGUAAAAUUUUUUUAUUAUUUUCAGUAAAUUCAAGUGGAAAAUUUUGUGGUAUAUCAGAAAUGCAAAAUAAAGUAGAUUACACCACCAAGAGUGAUAUUUGGUGUGAAUCAACAAAAUAUAAUGGAAUAUUCCCAGUUGAAUGGUUAUUAAUUAAAGAUGUUCCAAAUAAAUUUUUUCAACAUUUAAAAAUUCCAAAUAAUGAUUUUAAACCUGUUACUAAUUCAAGAGAUACUCAAGAAAUUCCUUUUGAUAUUGGAAUUUCAAUGUUAAAAAUUAUGAGUAGUUUUAAAAAUAAUGAAUAA